AUGUUCUUGUUUGUUUGGUUGCAGGAGUUGAUGGGUGUGGAUGAGCGGGUGUUUGCGUGCAUGUACUGCGGUGCCCCGUUCCUCCACCAGAGCAAGCUGGCGCGGCACAUCCUCUCGCACAGCCUCGAGUCGCUCAAGUACCGUGAGCAGGCGGCCCACCUGCAGCUGCAGGCUCAGCUGGGUCUCGAGCCGGGCAUGCACCUGCCGCCGGAGGCCCACUACCCCGCAUCGGGUACGAUCGAGCCGGUGGACCUGGAGCUCGCGGCCCAUUCGGACCCGACCUCCGGCGUGGUCCUGUGCAAGUUCUGCGGCAAGUCGUUCCCGGACGUCGGCUCGCUGAUCGCUCACCUACCGGCCCACACCGGCGACAGGCCGUUCAAGUGCGAGUUCUGCGGCAAAGCGUUCAAGCUGCGCCACCACAUGAAGGACCAUUGUCGCGUGCACACCGGCGAACGGCCGUUCCGUUGCACGCUGUGCGGCAAGACCUUCUCGAGGUCGACGAUACUGAAGGCACACGAAAAGACACAUUACCCGAAGUAUGUGCGCAAGUUCCUGUCCCCGAGCCCCGUGGACCCAUCCGAGGAAGAGGCCCCGCCGCCACCGCCGCCGCAUCAUUGAGUUCGCCUUAGUCCACCGCGCAACAAGAACAACAACGUUCAUCGCCGCCGGAGGGAAAACCGCCGAACACGCCUCGCGUGUCCUCUGUCCUCUUUAGCUAGCCCUUACCAGCUUCGUCGUCUACGUUGCUCCUCGAUCGAGUGUACCGUUGCACCGUCGAUCCCGAACAGCUCCAGCGGCGCCGAGCCCCUGGGUUACCAGAGGAUCAACGGGACGACGAAGCUGACCAAGGGCCAGGGGAAAGAGGAUGAGGACACGAGCAGUUCUAGUAGUGCCUCAUUCACCAUUGCUCGUUGUUUCUCGUGUUUCUUUGAU